UGGAUUCAUAAUAUACAAAUAUCACCAAUUGAAGAAAAUAAAAACUUGCUUGAACCUCUUUUACAAAAUCUAAAAAAUAAAUACCAAAAUUGGACUGAACAUCAACAAGCAGCUAUACAAGAAUCAAUAAAUGAUAUAAUUAGUAUACUAUUAAUCAUACAAAACCCUCAAUUUGUUCGCACAAGGAGAUGUCCUACUGGUUCUUCUAAUCGCAAAUCAACAAAUUUAACAAAAAAGGAUCCCUCUAGAUUUGAGCUUGUAGAGCGUAAAAUAAGGCAUUGUACUCUCU